AUGGCUUUCGAGGAACUUUUCUGUCCCCAAGUGAAACAGCCUUUGCCUAACCUUUUAGCGCCUGCUGGCUUUGGUGCUGAUCAUGUGAAAAGCAAGAAAGUGGCUGCUGUGAAGAAACCAUCACAAAAUGAGUUGGACAGUCUAAAAGUGAAAAUGGCUUGGGAAGUAGCCACAAGUCCAGCCAAAAGUAUUCCCAUGAACUUAAUCAUGAGCUAUAUGACGGGAAAUUCGAUGCAAAUAAUCCCCGUAACAAUGGCUUUGAUGUUAAUCUGGAACCCAUUGAAUGCUAUAGUUAGGGAAACCAACUCCUCCUUUAGCUCUUUACGAAAUGACCGAAACUCAUCUGAAAUUCUUUUGCCUAAGAUUGUGUUUGUUCUUUGUCAGUUGAUGAAUAUGGCUAUAGGUUUGUGGAAAUUGAAUCAAAUGGGGUUAAUUCCCAACAAGGAAGCUGACUGGCUCUCUUGGAAACCCGUCACACACAUUAUUGAACGUGUAUGGUUAAGUUGA